AUGGCGGUCCCACGGCCAAUGCAGCUUGCGCUGCUGACGGCCCUGGGGCUUGCAGGCCCAGCAUACUUCCUGUUUCAGAUCGAGGACCAGAAGACUUUCCGAUCCAUCCUCAUCAGCGCGGCCGUGAGCCUCGCGGGUUUCUUUGUGGCAAGGUGGCUGGUACCGCUAGUGGCGCAGAAGACUCUAUCCCGCGGCAUAUGCGGCAAGGACCUCAACAAGCAGGGCACACCCGGCGCAGACACGCCGAUCCCCGAGUCGGCGGGCCUUGCGCCGGCGUGCGCCUUUCUGCUGUGCAUCAUCUGCUUUGAGCUGCUGCACUACUAUGACGCGGACAGCAUCGUCGCCUUUGUGACGAGCGGCUUUCGGGGCAAGCUGCGGCUGGAGGCGCUGCCAGACGCGUGGCUGGUUGAUUACAACGCCGCCCUCGCCACAAUCUGCUUCAUGGUGUUCCUGGGCUUCGCGGACGACGUUCUUGACAUCCGAUGGCGCGUCAAGCUCAUCCUGCCGCUGUUUGCGUCGCUGCCACUCCUCGUCGCGUACAGCGGAGGGACCGGCGUCGCCGUGCCCAAGCCGCUGCAGGCCGCGAUCGGGCUACCGUCGUUCCUCGAGCUCGGGCCCCUGUACAAGGCCUACAUGGUCGCCCUCACCAUCUUUUGCACUAACAGCAUCAACAUCCUCGCCGGCGUCAACGGCCUCGAGGCCGGCCAGACGUUCAUCGUCGCGUGCGCGCUGCUGCUGCACAACCUGAUCGAGCUCUCGGGGUUUGCAGGCGGCGUGCCCGCGCUGCGCGACGCGCACCUCUUCUCGGUGUACCUAGUGCUGCCGCUCGCGGCCACCACCAUGGGCCUGCUGGCCUUCAAUUGGUACCCCAGCCGCGUCUUCGUGGGAGACACCUUCACCUACUUUGCGGGCAUGACCAUCGCCGUCGCGGGCAUCCUCGGCCACCAGUCCGAGACGCUGCUGCUGUUCCUAAUUCCCCAGGUCUUCAACUUUGUUUAUUCAACGCCGCAGCUGUUUGGGCUCGUGCCCUGCCCGCGCCACCGGCUGCCGGUGUUUGACCCGAAGACCGGCCUGCUGCGGCCGAAGGACAAACCGGAUUGGAACCUGGUCAACCUGACGCUGCAGCUGUUCGGAAACUGCAGCGAGAACGCGCUGUGCGUGCGGAUCCUCGCGCUGCAGGUGGCGUGCUGCGCGUUUGGUUUUGGCGUGCGGUGGGCGCUGCAGGGCAUCUACAAGUGA